AUGGUGGGUAGUGUGAAUAGAGAUCACGUGCAGAUGAUUCCAACGGUUUUGCAUGUUGCAUCAUCUCCAAUUCGGUGCAUGUUUCGGGGUCAGCUCCAAUCAUUAAAGAGAUUGCUGAGAAACUAUCGAGUUCUUGCGAUAGAAUCAUCAUGCGAUGACUCAUGUGUGUCUCUUCUAGAGAAAAAAAGCCCUAAUGGGCCUGUUCUUGCCAUUGACGAGAUCAAGGCAACUCUCAGUUCAGCUAAGGUGGGAGGAAUCAUUCCCACAGCAGCACAUGAAUUCCACUCUGCCCAAAUAUCUCAGUUAGUCGGUGAGUUUUGCCGUAAACAUGAGAUUUCGUCCUCAAAUCCGCCUGACCUUCUAUGCGUGACCCGAGGGCCUGGAAUGGUAGGAUCAUUAAGCGCGAGCAUUCAAUUUGCCAAAGGUUUGGCUGUGGCAUGGCAAAGACCUUUGGUUGGAGUUCAUCACAUGCUAGGACAUCUACUUACACCAAACCUUACUGUUGAGGGAUCUUCAUGUGGCCCCCAGUAUCCCUUCUUGAGUCUCCUUUGUAGCGGCGGUCACACAAUGCUAGUCCUUCUGAAAUCCUUGACCAAUCAUGAAAUAAUAAUCGAUACAUCAGAUAUAGCUGCUGGCGACUCAUUAGACAAGUGUGCUCGCGAGUUGGGAUUCGAGGGAAAUAUGCUAGGACCGGAACUAGAAAAGUAUGUUGCAAACAUCGAUCCGGUAACCAAAGAACGAUUUGCAGGUAUUAAUACGAACACAGACCAAAAUGAGUUUGGUUUUCGUCUCCGCAUGCCUAUGAGGACAGCGAAACACAAGAAAAUACCUGAUGUCAUACAGUUUGGGUUUGCUUCCUUCUUAUCAUCUGUAGAAGGAUUCAAAAUGAAAAGUAGAGAUUCUUGGAACGAGCAGACGAGACAGUUCGUCGCCUUCAAGCUUCAGGAGGUGUUGUUUGACCACAUUAUCAAUCGAAUAAAUGUCGCCUUUGCGAAAGAUCCCCAGAAAUUCGCUCUCGUUAGGGACUUUGUCUGCUCCGGGGGAGUAGCAGCAAACAAGGUUUUACGAGCGAAACUAAUGCAUAACAUUCGCCUGGCUCUGACUUUGAAAUUUCAUUUUCCGGCCCCAAAACUUUGUACAGACAAUGCAACAAUGAUCGGGAAUGCAGGGAUAGAUAUAUUCGAGAACUUACGUCUCAAGUCUCGCUUAAGCAUGUUACCCAUUCGAAAAUGGCCUUUGCAUGAUAUUUUGGACGUUGAGGGAUGGGAGGAAGUGUCUGAUGAAGAGUACAGGGAGGUGACACUGUGGGAUAGUGUUCCAUGUGAAAGGUAA